AUGGUUAUUGAUGUUCUUUGUCCCAGGAAGGCAACAUUACCUAAGACAGAAAUUCGGGAAAAACUAGCCAAAAUGUAUAAGACCACACCAGAUGUUAUAUUUGUAUUUGGAUUCAGAACCCAUUUUGGUGGUGGCAAGACAACUGGCUUUGGCAUGAUUUAUGAUUCCUUGGAUUAUGUAAAGAAAAAUGAACCCAAAUAUAGAUUUGCAAGACAUGGCCUGUAUGAGAAGAAAAAGACAUCAAGAAAACAGUGA